AUGAGUCCUGCAGGAGCUUCAGUAUCAGCUGCUUUAAAUGGCGUGUCCCUGGUCAGCAGCACUGUUGAGCAAGUAUCCCGGAGCAUAGGCACGUGGAGAAAUGUCAGCAUUCAAAUCACCAAUUACAGCGAUAAGUACAUCUUAACAGAUCCAAGGACCUACACCUCCAGUGGAUACUGUCACAAUCCUCCACAACCUACCAUCACAGGAAAGAAACAAGAAUCAUGCUCAUUUUCCAAAACUGACUACGCAUCCUGUGGUUCUGCUGGGGUCCUGACGUACAACAUCCUCAAUAAUAGAACAAACCAUGUCGGUGAACUGGCCAUCAUGUUCUCUGUGCCUUUUUCCUACAGCUUGUAUGAAAACUGGUUUGCUCUUGGCAUUUAUGAACCAGGCAUUUCAUGUGGUGAUAAUCUAUUCAAACAGAUGUAUUAUAGAGACAGCGGUCCCUUCAGAAGAGAGAAAGGUACUGGGAGCUCCAUAACAUAUUCUGGAAAAGGAGCUCUGGUGAAGGGAACAAUGUCUGCUUUUGGCCAAUCGAUCAUUAAGGUUGAAUUGUGGGAUGAGGGUCUUGCUGCCUUGUACUCAAACUGAAGAGGCAAACUGACCCAGGU